AUGAUCGGAGAGACGGCAGCAACAACACACUGGAAACAUGGAUCUAUCAUAAUAAACCACGACAAAAGUGUUCAGAUCGUCUCCGUGAGUGAAGUCAACGAUGACAUUGCUCUGCAGCUGUGUGUGACCUUGGAGUUCAUCUUGAACCAGGACUGGAACGACCCCAAGUCUCAGCUGCAGCAGUGCUGCCUGACCCUGCGCACCGAGGGCAAGGAGCCCGACAUCCCUCUGUACAAGACUCUGCAGACCGUGGGCCCGUCUCACGCUCGCACUUACACGGUGGCGGUGUACUUCAAAGGCGAGCGGAUCGGCUGCGGCAAAGGACCGAGUAUCCAGCAGGCGGAGAUGGGAGCUGCCAUGGACGCCCUGGAUAAAUAUAACUUUCCGCAGAUGGCGCAUCAGAAACGCUUCAUCGAGAGAAAAUACAGACAAGAGCUGAAGGAGAUGAGGAGAGAGCGAGAGAGACAGGAGCGAGAGAGCGACGAGGGGGAGGAGUCAGGGAGCAGGAAGUGA